AUGGAAGUGCAAUUAAGUGAAGCCGAAAAAGUAUUCAUAAUACAUGGAGCGCAGGAAGGUUUGCGAGCUGACGGACGUGGUCCAUUAGAUUACCGGCCUAUAAUAGUUCAAACCGGUGUUUUGGCAACAACAAAUGGUUCAGCUCGUGUCCAGAUAGGUUCAACUGAUUUACUAAUUGGUGUCAAAGCCGAAUUAAUCAGCGUGGAUACCACUGUUUAUCGGAAUCGGCUAAAUUUCUUUGUUGAUUGCUCAGCAAAUGCCACUCCACUUUUGCUGCAUUUUAUUUCUGCGUUGUAUCUAGAUAAGGGUGAAAAAUGGAAUUCUCGAAAUCUUCAUGAAUAUACCGUUCUUUCUGGUAUCUCUGAGCUGAAUCUUGGAUACUUUCGAGUUCUUAAGCUUGUAUUCUUACUUAAUAUAGGUCGUGGUGGUGAAGAAUUCGCGGAUGAAUUGAGUGCAGCAUUAGAUGCUGCUUAUGACAACAAUUAUGUGCUUCCAGAUUUAAAAAAAUUGAUUCUAUCUCCAAUGCAUGCUUGGAAACUGUUUGUGGAUAUCGUUCUUUUACAAUGUGACGGUAAUGUUAUUGAUGCAGCAGGAUUAGGGGUUAAAGCAGCAUUGAAAGACACGGAAAUUAGUAAAGUUAUAGUCAGACCAGCUGAUGAAGGAAAGUAUACAAUUGAUUUACCGGACGAUAAUACUGUUUGGAAAUUAGAUACAUCAAGAGUUCCUUUAUUUGUCAGUGUAAAUAGACUUGGAACUGCUAAAAUUGUUGACAAUUCGUUGACCGAAGAAGCAUGCACUCGAACAUCUGUUUGGAUUGCUGUCGCUCCACAAUUUGUUUCUGACAUCAAUCACAAUCAAAAUAAUCAAUGUGCAGUGAAGCGUGAUGGUUCCAUAAUUACAUUUAUGAGGCAGUGCGGUGGUGGUACUCUUGAAAUUGAUUCACUUGUUUUAGAGGAAAUGAUCAGUAUUGGCCUGAAAACAGUACAUCAACUACAUGAAGCACUUAAUCAGCGAUUGAUGAAUGAAAAUUGGUUGAUAGAAAAACCUUUGUCAACAUUCUUACAAUAA